AUGGCCACCACUAUCUCGCACGAUCUUGCCUGGGAGGUUACCAAGGGACGCAGCUCCACGCUCGUCAAGAGGGCGAACGGUGUCCAGUUCUCGCGCGAUCCUCUUAACCUGAGGAACGUGUACAGCCGCAAGAACGAGGGCUCGAUCGCCAACAAGGCCAUCGGUGUCAUCCCCGGCAAGGAGGGUGGUGUCACUCUUCUCGUCAAGAAGUCCGACAAGCACCACCAGCCCGCGUCUGCCAUCCAGACCACCACCUUCGGCCCCAGCCGAUCCACCCGCAAGACAUACUCCGCCAUCGUCAACUCCACCACCAAGCGCAACUACCGCCCCGACCUCCGCCAGGACGCCGUCGCUAAGGCCUCCGCCAUCCGCAGGAGCCAGAAGCCCGUCAAGGAGUCCAAGCCCGCCAAGGCCAGGGGUGCUAAGGCCCAGGCCGCGUCCAAGGAGGCAUAG